AUGAACUAUUUCCCACAAUUUUCAGGAACAAUAACAAGAAAAACAUUUAUAUUUCUCACAAGAGCCUGUGUUCAAAGUUUUCAAGUUAAUUACAAAUACAAUAACCCGAAAAUCAUUAUUUACAUAGCUGUGUGCAAUUUGUCUGUACAAUAAAGGGAAUUCCACAGUGAACACACCGGUAGGGAUAGGGUUCCCUCCUCAGGUUCCCUCAUGGAAAAUAUAAGGAUUAUAUUUGUAUUAGCUGCAAAAUACUCUGAUGAAUAUGAAGCAGCUGAAAUCAUGCUACAGGCUUUCGAGGCUUGUAAACAGAAUGUUUCCACCAAUGUCAGCUGGGUGAAAGAGCUGGAAUUUGAAUCACUGGAACUGAACAAAACAGAUUUUGUUGUAUUUGAGAAGUUUGAAGGGAAUAAUUUUGAAAACUUGAAAACUUCCAAGUGUGCCAGAAUUUUGGGACCAUGGGCUGUAAGUGUCUGUUUGAUGGAUGGCAAAUCUGUGCCCAAUUUUCCUUGGCCCAUUUACAAUGUGGCAAUGUACAAUUGCAUUGUCACAAGCUCUUACCUACACAAAAAUGUGAAAAUGGAAAUAAAAUCAAAGGUAGAACUGAUGGGAGGCUGCUAUGUUGAUACAUUAGUUUCCAAAAAUACACACCUUGUGACAGGCAGUGCAAUAUCUGAAAAAUAUCUGGCAGCUGCAGAAGCUGGUGUUAAAUUGAUGUGCCCUUCUUGGAUCGACGAUGUGUGGAAUGUGAGUCAAAAUGUCAAUAUCCAUGGGGAUGAUGAACAGUUUUUGAAACAUAAAUGUCUUUGUUUUCAAAACCUAACAGUUUGUUCUACUGGUUUGUCCAAUGUAGCUGAACGACAAAAAAUAGAGAAGUUGGUGGCAGAAAAUGGCGGCACUUUCACUGGGAAGUUGAAUUUGGCCAAUACCAAUGUACUAGUUUGCUGUGGAAAAGUGGGGUUGAAUAGUGAUAAAUACAAAGCUGCUCGUCAGAAACCCAAUAUCAAAUGCGUCACUGUCGAUUGGAUAAUAGACAGCGUGAGUAAAGGUUACGCCUUGCCUCACGAUGACUAUCAAGUACAAAGAAUAACGUCGACUCCAACCAAAGAGGCCGUGAAUCCUGAGUUUUCUAUUUUGAGCGCUAUAGGGGGUCCAAAUAUAUCGCAAAGGACUUGGGUGGAAGACACUAUCGCUUCUCCAUUUUCACCUAGAAAAGCGAAAGAUAACUACGGGGAUUUGGUGGAAAAUUUGGAUAUUAAAAAGGCCAAGAAGGCAGGACAGUAUUUGGAUGGAUGUUCGGUUUAUGUGACUGGAUUCGGCGCAGAACACACCGAAAAACUGAACAAAAUCCUCAACUUGAGCGGUGCCACUAGGUACGACAAUUUCUCAGACCGAGUCACCCACGUGAUAGUGGGUGACCACACAUUCCACGAAGCUAAACUGAUCCAAAGCAAGGGCACUUCUAGCUUACUAGUAUCUAUUCGUUGGCUCAUAGACAGCAUAGAUCAGGAACACCCAGUGAACGAAGACAAGUACUUGAUAAGCGCCUCUCAGAUGGAGGGUAGCCAAUUGGGCUCCCCUUUGAGCAAAAAGGGGUUGAAUUUAUUGAGGUCGAACAGAACGGUGACCGAAAAGGAGAUAGAAGUUAACCUUGGCGAUUCCGGUAAUGUCGAGGAAAAAAUGGAAGAAGAUUGUAUUGUCCAACACUAUCUUGGACAAGCGAACACCGAAGAAGACACUCUGGCCAGACUCUUAGACGGGGCCAAUACGAACUUGUCCAAAGGGGUUCAAGAACCGCCGCCUUCGACCCUCCAAUUCCGACCUGCUGAUACUUCCACACAACAGUCGACGAUGUCAGGAACUCAGGACGAUACCGUGAACGAUAAAAUAUUCGAAAAUAAGAAGUUCGUACUUCUGGGAUUCGAAGAGGAGGAAUACCAGGAACUCAAGGAGAGAAUACAAGGAUUCUGCGGUGAAUUGGUGCCGAAAUCGUUCAAGGGCAUACCGGAUUAUGCGGUGGUGCCGAUAUUCAACAAAACCGAGGUACGUCACACUGUCACCGAAAUCGUCAACGAUCUCUUCAUCAGCGAGUGCAUGAGAGAAGAAGAAUUGCUCACCGACAUCGCCUACUACCAUCGGCCGUUCGAUGUACCCGACACGAACCCGCUGGAGAAUUGCGUCAUCACCAUCAGUAGCUAUGGCGGCACGGAACGGGUGUUCCUCAAGAACCUGAUCGAAGCUCUAGGUGGCCUGUCCCAAGAACAAUUCGCCCGAGUGAGAAACGUAGCGAAAAAAGUGGUAGCCUCGACUCACCUGGUGAGCUCGGAGGCUACCGGCAAAAAGUACGAGGCUAGCCUCAAAUGGGGCCUGCCGGUGGUCAGCAAGGAUUGGCUGCUCAAGUGCGCCGAAACGGGGAAAAAGGCUUACGAAGGGGAUUUUUUGAUCGGCGAUUCCAAAGGUGAGAAAUGACACCUGAAAGGAUGCCUGAAAACACCGUUACCGAACUCAACAAAACACCUGUUAGUUCCCUCAAGACUGCAACACCUGUUGCAAGUCCUGGACCCAGUAGCAGACAUUCCAGAGUGUUGACACCUGUCAACCAUGUCACUCCUGUUUUCAAGAGAGGUUUCGAUAGUGCAGAAAAACCUUUCAGUCAAGUAACUCCUCUGAACAAAAUAAUGAAAAACUUCAGAGAAAGUAAACUUAACGUGAUGGAUCCCUCUAAUACCGAAGACAGCAGUCAAUGCAGUUUACCACCUCCUUGGAAAAACAUAAAAACUCCGGAAACUCCUUUGGGGGCGUGUUUAACGCCUAAUCCUUCGGCAUCCUUGAAAAAACAAUUGGAAUAUUGGUUACGACAAUUCCCUGACAGGCCUACUACGACAAGCAAUGCAAGUACGCCUAUAUCGGAAAUCAAACGUCGAAUUUGGGAUAAUGCAUUGAAAAGAUCGGCUGAAUAUUUGAAUUUCGACGAACCACGAACUCAAUCUCAACAGGAAGUCGAAAAUAUGGAAAGCGAAGAUUCUGUUACAGAACCUUCAAUGAACGUAACCCCAGAAAAUCAAAAUUUUGCCAGUAGACUGCAGCAAUUAGAAGAAAUGUUGACUGCCAGUGGAAGUGGAAAAAGGCAUAGCAGGAAUUUUCAGUCUACAAUUCCCGUAGCAGCUGGAACAUCGGAAUUCAAAGAUUCACAACCUUGUACUGUAGGAUGGGAUUUCAGAGAACAAGAGGUGCCCCAAAAACAAAGCAAAAUAUUCGCAAUAUCCGGAAUAGCGGAUGACCAAGUCCGAAUUCAGAUGGUGAAACAACUGGAAGGUCUAGGGGCGAUGUAUUCUAACCUAAAAAACUACGACCCUUCUUGCACACAUUUGCUUUGUCCAAAACCAGCCCGGAAUGAAAAGUCUCUGGCUUGCAUGGCUGCUGGGAAAUGGAUCCUCCACACUUCCUAUUUGGAAAAAUCCUACGAAGCAGGACGGUUGUUGAACGAAGAAGACUUCGAAUUCGGCAAUCCUCUAUCUUUGGGCAAAUUCGAAUUGCCCAAGGACGUUGACGCUGAAACGAAAAUGCAAAAGAUGCACUGGUGGCGGAAAGAGAUCUCGAAACGAGGUUACGGAGCGUUCAACGACAUGCGGGCCAUCGUCGUGGCCAACAAGUGGGAACCGAUAGUUAGAGUGAUAGAAGCAGGUGGCGGAGUCGUCAUAGACAUCAAGCCCCCUUUUGAUGACACUGUACAUGCUACGCAUUGCCUUUUGGAACAAAAAAGUAUCGAAAACAUCACGGACUAUGUGCCCCUUGCGAGGCAAGGUGUAUAUUUAGUGAACACAGUGUAUAUCAGUGAUUAUUUGUAUCAUCCAAAUCGAGACAUAAGAGACUGGAUUUUACCGUAUUUUUCAAAAUAUUACGCUAGAAGUUAG